UGCCGUAGGAUCUGCAUAGUGUUGUAAACGAGAAGUAGCUGAGUUGAGUCCGCAGGAGAGCGAUUUAAUGGCGAAGGGAUCGUCAAUCCAGGCGCUGUACGAGCUCUGCAGGAAGACCUUCUCGCCUUCAUCCGCUCCUCCUGCCGCCGCCGCCAUCCGAAAGAUUGCUGCUCUCUUAGACACAAUCAGUCCUGCUGAAGUUGGUCUCAAAGAUGAUGGUCUGGAAGAUGACAGGGGACUUGGGUAUUUUGGUUCAAGCAUACAUAAUAAUUCAAUGAGGGUAGCUAGAUGGGCGCAACCGAUUACAUACUUGCAUAUAUACGAGUGCAAGAGUUUUACAAUUUGUAUAUUCUGCUUGCCAACUUCAUCAGUUAUUCCACUUCAUGACCAUCCUGGAAUGACAGUGUUAAGUAAGGUUCUUUAUGGUUCAUUGCAUGUGAAAUCAUAUGAUUGGGUAGAGCCACCAUGUAUGGCACUGAGCAGUGAGAAAUUGCCAGGAGUGCGAUUGGCAAAGUUACAUAUGGACACUGUCCUGUCAGCACCGUGUCCGACCGCUAUUUUAUACCCAAGAAGUGGUGGCAACUUACAUUGUUUCACCUCAGUGGCUUCUUGUGCUGUGCUUGACGUCUUGGCUCCACCAUAUUCUGAGGAAACUGGUCGCUGUUGUACCUAUUACCGUGAUCUCCCAUACUCCAGUUUCACUGCUGAAAGAAGAAAUGUAGUGAAUGAGAAUGAAGAUGAUUAUGCAUGGCUUGAGGCUAUAUCUGACUCUCCAGUUGACAUCUAUAUGCGCACUGGCAGGUAUAUCGGUCCAGUUGUUCAGGAAGAGUUGAACUCACCGGGAUCAUGCACUAUAGUCUGAUGAAUCCCUUGGCAUUAGUGAUAUCGAGUAAAAGUUUGACAAACUGUUCUGAUACAAAUGCGAAGACAGUUUGCAAUCUUCCUCACUUGAUAUGCAAGUCUAACCAGAUUGGGCGCUGUGGAGUUCAGUUGAUAUGGGAAUGACUGUUAUCGAUUGAUCAAAAACUCUUGGGUGAGUUGAAUGGCCUAUCCCAUAAUGUAAUACCCUUGUUCCAAUGCGGGUUUUACAUUUUCAGAAGCGUGUAAAAAAAUGAUGUGUUUCUUUGCCUGGUGUAAGAAAUACAAAGAAUUUGAAGCCCCAAAAAGAGAGGUUAUUCUGAAUUUGCUUUA